AUGGAAGGCCUCAAAGUCGGGAUUCCCACCCCUCCGCCCGCACCGGCAUCCGCCGAGGGCAUCGUGGGAGGAGGGAUGUCCGCCGCCCUCUCCAACCUUACGCUGGAGAGGGAUGUGUACAACCUCGACUUCGACGCGCUCACCUACAACGAGCUCUUGGUAAUCCUGAAGAAGGUGACCCACACGCAGAUGGAUACACUCGUUGCGCAGGAACAGCAAACCCAACUUCAGGACCAGCAGGAUGGGCAACGCCUGGAGAAGUUUCUGGAUUCCGGCAUCGAGUACAAAGGCUCGAAUGUUUCCUCUCCGCACUUGCAGUCCCCUCGCUCCGAGGAUAACGGCUACAGCUGGAAUAAGAACAACGACGACGGCUAUACCUAUCACGCCAUGCUGACCCACCUCUUUGAAGCCCUCAACCGCAAUAACGAAGGCAGUGCGAUGACCGAGCGCAACCCCAUUCCCGUUCCCAUCCUCGAAAAGAUCGGCAAGAAGAAGACCGCCAUCUCGAACUUUGGCCGCAUCUGUGACGCCUUCCACCGCUCAAUGGAGGAUGUGAAGGACUUCAUCGAGAAGGAGCUCUCCAUCCGCGGCAACCUCGACAGCAAUAACGCGCUGAUUCUGAAAUUCGAAAUCCGAAAGGCCACCGACUUCGACCGCACCCUGGUGAAGUACUUGGAUGAGUACGUCAAGUGCUACUCCUGCCAUCGCAUCGACACCACCCUCACGAAGGACGGGCGCCGGCUGGAGCUGCGCUGCAAUUGGUGCACGGCCACCCGAACGGUGCAGGCCGCGAGCUCGGCGACCUACCGCGCGCAGAUCGAAAAGCGCUCCCGUCAACGAGCGGCCAUGACCCUCUGA